UGGCAUCACAAAAACAGAGGGAGAUAGCGGAGUUGAGAAGUCAACUGCAGACGUCACACAAACCACCAGUUCAGCGAGGGAGGGAAGCAACGACUGUCUCUAGCCCCAAGGAUGAGAAAGCUCUGUAUGAUGCUGCUACAGAGGAGAUGUGUCUGCAGUGAGAAGACUUCUGGCCUCUAAUGUCAACAUCAACUGUACACCAUAUCCUCAAUGGCUGGACUCCACUGAUGAGAGCAUCAUUUGAUGGACAUGUUGAAAUUGUGAGACUACUGAUUGAGGCUAAGGCUCAGCUCAACAUACAGGAAAAGGAGGAUGGUGCCACAGCUCUUCACCUGGCAGCUCAAGAAGGCAAAGCUGAUGUAGUGAGACUACUGACUGAGGCUGGGGCACAGCUGGACAUACAGAGAACAGAUGGGACGACUCCUCUCUUCAUUUUGCCAGUCAAAGGGACACAGUGAAGUGGUGGAUAUCCUACUGAGGAAUGGAGCUGGUGUGGAUAGAGCUGAUGACAAUGGGGCGACUCCUCUCUUCAUUGCCAGUCAAAAUGGACACAGUGAAGUGGUGAAUAUCCUACUGAGGAAUGGAGCUGGUGUGGAUAGAGCUAUGAACGUAAGUCAAUCAUCAGUCACUGCAUGACA